CCCUUCCUACAAGCACUUCUGUUUCAUCAUCAAAAUCUCCUCGGAAGACCUUCUUAAUUAUUGAAAAUAAUGUCCAAUUCCGAGAGGUUGCCGAUCCGAUCCACCCAGCAGGAAUUCCAGCCCCAACCCAAACAACCCAUCAAACGCCUCCACACUGCCCGCUACUACGCGCAUCGGGUUCGUGAAAGCUGCACCACUAGAGUCACCAAAGUACUAUGUGCCAUAUUCUUGUCUCUUCUUUUAGUUGUUGGCAUUGUUUCCUUUAUUUUAUGGCUUAGUUUGAGCCCUCAUCGUCCUAGGUUUCAUAUCAUGCAAUUUACGGUUCCUGGUUUGGCUCAACCCUCAGGGUUUGAGAAUGCUCAAAUAACGUUCAAUGUAACGGCCAGGAAUUCUAACCAACAUAUUGGAAUCUUUUACGACUCUAUGGUCGGGUCAGUUAUUUAUAAGGAUCAACAAAUCGGGUCAACUUCGUUGCUGGAGCCGUUUUACCAGGAACCUAAGACAACUACAAUUGUGUACGGUACAUUUGGUGGGGCCACGCUCACCGUAAACAACAACCGUUGGAAUGAGUUCAGGAAUGAUAGGCAACAAGGGACGGUGGUUUUUCGUUUAGAUAUAACGUCAGUGAUCAGAUUUAAGGUUUCGACAUGGAAAAGUAAGCACCAUAAGUUGCAUGUCAAUUGUGAUGUUGCAGUGGGUCCAGAUGGAUCAAUCUUGCCAGCUUGGAAGAACAAGAGAUGUCCUGUCUAUUUCAGUUGA